GCGAAUGAUAACAGGACGGGGCAUGCAGUGAUGCUCGCAGUGGCAGUGGCCGCAGAGGCGAAGGAGAAUCCGGAGCUGCUACUGCUGGCCUAGCGAACCCACGGGGAGAUGAUUCCUCAUGAAGGGCCUGGAUCCCCUACAGAAAUCCAAUGUGACUCUCUGUUUAUCAGACUAAAAUCAGAGCCAGCCAGACAGUGAAACAGCCACCGUGGAGGGGGGACGGCGAAAAAUGAAAUCCAACCAAGAGCGGAGCAAUGAAUGCCUGCCUCCCAAGAAACGUGAGAUCCCCGCCACCAGCCGGCCCUCUGAGGAGAAGGCCACUGCUCUGCCCAGCGACAACCACUGCGUGGAGGGUGUGGCAUGGCUCCCCAGCACUCCUGGCAGCCGGGGCCACGGGGGCGGGCGGCAUGGGCCAGCAGGGACUUCCGGGGAGCUGGGUUUACAAGGAAUGGGUUUACAUAAAGCAUUGUCCACAGGGCUGGACUACUCUCCGCCCAGCGCCCCCAGGUCGGUCCCCGCAGCCACCACGCUGCCCACGGCGUACCCUCCUCCUCAGUCAGGGACGCCGGUGUCUCCCGUGCCGUAUGCCCACCUUUCACACACCUUCCAGUUCAUCGGGUCCUCCCAGUACAGUGGACCCUACGCUGGCUUUAUCCCUUCCCAGCUGAUCUCCCCAUCAGGCAACCCGGUCACCAGCGCGGUGGCCUCAGCUGCAGGGGCCACCACUCCAUCACAGCGCUCCCAACUGGAGGCCUAUUCCACCCUGCUGGCCAACAUGGGCAGUCUGAACCAGGCACCAGGACAUAAGGUUGAGCCCCCAGUGCAGCAGCACCUCAGCAGGGCUGCGGGCCUCGUCACCCCGGGCUCCCCUCCACCCACCCAGCAGAGCCAGUACAUUCACAUUUCCAGCUCUCCACAGAGCUCCGGGCGGGCAGCAUCUCCUCCACCCAUCCCGGUCCACCUCCAUCCCCAUCAGACGAUGAUCCCGCACACGCUCACCCUGGGGCCCUCAUCCCAGGUGGUCGUGCAGUACAGCGACGCUGGAGGCCACUUCGUUCCUCGAGAGUCCACCAAAAAAGCAGAAAGCAGCCGCUUACAGCAGGCUAUGCAGGCCAAGGAGGUCCUGAACGGGGAGAUGGAGAAGAGCCGGAGGUAUGGGGCACCGCCCUCUGUGGAGCUGAGCCUGGGGAAGGCAAGCAGCAAGUCAGUGCCUCAUCCUUAUGAGUCCAGGCAUGUGGUGGUCCACCCAAGCCCAGCAGACUACAGCAGCCGUGACACCCCCGGGGUCCGUGGAUCUGUGAUGGUCCUGCCGAACAGCAGCACCCCCUCGGCCGACCUGGAGGCACAGCAGGGCACCCACCGAGAGGCCUCCCCAUCAACCCUCAAUGACAAGAGCGGCCUGCACCUAGGGAAGCCGGGCCACAGGUCCUACGCGCUGUCCCCCCACACGGUCAUUCAGACCACACACAGUGCAUCAGAGCCCCUCCCGGUGGGCCUACCAGCCACAGCCUUCUAUGCUGGGACUCAGCCUCCCGUCAUCGGCUACCUGAGUGGCCAGCAGCAAGCAAUCACCUAUGCUGGCAGUCUGCCCCAGCACCUGGUGAUCCCAGGCACCCAGCCUCUGCUCAUCCCCGUGGGCAGCCCUGACAUGGACACCCCUGGGGCAGCCUCAGCCAUCGUCACAUCAUCACCCCAGUUCGCUGCAGUGCCUCACACGUUUGUCACCACCGCCCUGCCCAAGAGCGAGAACUUCAACCCCGAGGCCCUGGUUACCCAGGCCGCCUACCCAGCCAUGGUGCAGGCCCAGAUCCACCUGCCGGUGGUGCAGUCAGUGGCGUCCCCUGCGGCGGCGCCACCCACGCUGCCGCCAUAUUUCAUGAAAGGCUCCAUCAUCCAGCUGGCCAACGGGGAGCUGAAGAAGGUGGAGGACCUGAAGACGGAGGAUUUCAUCCAGAGUGCAGAGAUUAGCAGCGACCUCAAGAUCGACUCCAGCACGGUGGAGAGGAUCGAGGAGAGCCACAGCCCCGGUGUGGCCGUGAUACAGUUUGCUGUUGGAGAACACCGGGCUCAGGUCAGUGUCGAAGUUUUGGUAGAGUAUCCUUUUUUUGUGUUUGGACAGGGCUGGUCAUCCUGCUGUCCUGAGCGAACCAGCCAGCUCUUUGAUCUGCCGUGUUCCAAACUCUCCGUCGGGGACGUCUGCAUUUCGCUCACCCUCAAGAACCUGAAGAAUGGCUCUGUUAAAAAGGGCCAGCCCGUGGACCCUGCCAGCGUCUUGCUGAAGCACGCAAAGACGGACAGCCUGGCUGGCAGCAGACACAGAUACGCUGAGCAGGAAAACGGGAUCAACCAGGGAGGCGCGCAGGUGCUCUCUGAGAACGGCGAACUGAAGUUUCCAGAAAAAUUAGGAUUGCCUGCAGCACCCUUCCUCACCAAAAUAGAACCGAGCAAGCCCGCAGCCACAAGGAAGAGGAGGUGGUCGGCACCGGAGACCCGCAAACUGGAGAAGUCGGAGGAUGAGCCUCCUUUGACUCUUCCCAAGCCUUCGCUCAUUCCUCAGGAGGUUAAGAUCUGCAUCGAAGGCCGAUCUAACGUGGGCAAGUAGAGACCGUGCAGGCAGCCGAGGCCCGGGCCUCUUCUGCUGUCUGUAUCCAGAUUACUGUACUGUAGGCUAAAUAACACAGUAUUUACAUGUUAUUCUCUUUAGGUUUGUGUUCUAACCUUGUCAUUAGAGUCAAACAGGUGUGUCGCAGGAGACUGGUGCAUUGGCAUUGUCUGCGCGUGUCUGUUGAGACGGCAGGUAGAGGGUGGUCAGAACCGCGGCCCUGGAGCUCCAGGGCAUCCCGGGCGGCCCUGGAUGUGGCUUCAUGAGCGCCUGCCUUCCCCAGCAGCACAGAGCUGAGGGGCAUCAGUUCUCACUGGUUUCCAGAGCAAAGUCAGUGGGAAGCGACCUGCAAGGGUGUCUGGGUGCGUUCCUGUGAAGGGUGCCAUGGUGCCAUGGUGGUGAAUGAGGGGCUCUCUUUUUCUCGGCCUCCCCUCUCCGUUCGCUUGCUCACUCUCAGCAUGGGACUGGGGGACCUGGGUUUCCCACAAGCAAAGUCAUCCUCAGGAGGCCCAGCUUCCGGGCAUUGAGGGGAGGCAUCAGACAGCAGAUGGGAAGCUAGUUUCGAAGAACGUGGUUCUCUCCAACAUAUUUUACUAUAAAAAGCAACUUUUAAUCAUAGAUAUAUAGAGAUAUAUAUGUAUAUUUCCCCCAUGGGGCCUGACUGCACUGAGUUUUUAUUUUUAUUUUUAAGAACAGCUGCCACGUGCAGGAUUUCAUUUCUGCUCUACCAGGCCCGGUGACAUCAUCACCAGGUGUCACAGAGGGCAGGGAAGUCCUUGCUCAGGUCCCUCCUGGUCAGGCGGGUGGCAGUGGGGCUGGGGGACAGAGGGAGCACCCACACUGGUCUCUGCGCAGUGUUAGGAAAAAAAAACCAAUCAGGUUGUUUGCAUUGCCUUGGGCUCCCAAGAGGGAAACGCAAGCUCCCCUCCCGAGAGAGCCAGGGCAGCUCUCGGGGCUGAGCUGGCAGCAUCCUUUCUUUUAGGGUCUAGUACUGUUUCUAGUUCAUAACUAUGGACAACUCGGGUGCCGCUGUUUUUUUUGUUUUUUUUUUUUUUUUCCCUCAAUCCCAGUGCGACAUGAGGAGUUAGAUAUGGAAGGUAUACAUCUGUUACUAUCUCUUAAGCAGUUAAAAAUGCUGCGCAGACUUCUUAACCGAGCAUCUUGGUCUGUCCUUCAAUGAGUACUGUAUCUCACUUCAAACUCUUUGGGAAGAAAAGACAAACCUAAGUUGCUUUCGAUUUUUUUUUUUCUUCCAACACUGUAACUAUAUUUCAGCUCUGCAAGACUGCUCACAAGCCAGCAGUCGAAGGCUCCCAUCUGGCUUAAGGGGAUGAAUGUGAGCUGUAAACUAGCACGUGACGAUAGAUGACCACCCAGUACUGCCACGGCAGGCACUUGUCACUUUGAUGUUGGAGAAAGUUAGAAGGCGUAUGCAGAGUUGGCAGAGAAACCGAGGAAAGACACGGAGGAAAAGACACACUCGUUUUUGUCCAGUGUUUUUAGGGUGAACUCCUAAAGAAGAACUUUGCGAUUUGCACAUCUUGAGUUUAUAAUUUGUGUGAUAUUCCUGCAGUUUUUAUCCAAUAACAUUGUGGGAAAGGUUUUGGGGGUGGGGUGGGGGUUGAACAAGCAUAAAUAAAUGUAGCAAAAAUUACUUUCUAACCUGCCUACACCCUAGGCCCUUCUUAGAAGGUUCUGUUCCUUGAGACUUCAUUUUUGUUAUCUGCCAUACCCAUCAUGAGAAGCCAGAUCUGAGAGUUUUCUUCAGACUCAUUGAGAGUUUUCCAUAGAGACAUUUUAUAUAUGUGAGCGAGUAUUUUCAUUUCUGGAGAAAUAAGUGUUAAUAUUAUUUUUCACAAUGACUUUUUUUUUCUAUUUGAAAUCAAACAAAGAUCUAAUGUUUGGUACAAAAACCCAGAAAGGAUAUUUCAUAAAGUCACAAGUUUUCAUUCCCAGAGAUCAAAAAUAUCAUUUGUGGGUUCUGAGUACGUCUUAAAGUGCUUUAAACCAAGUUUUAUAAAUAGGGAGACGUUUUUAAACAUUCUUACUUGGCUGGCUGCAACUAACCUAAAUAAGUUCUUAUUUGACUUUUAACCACUAAAAAAAAAAAAAAAAAAGCCUUCUCAAAUUAGGAAAGAGAGACCUCCCUAAGCAACCGCCAUGCUGGCCAUACAGGCUGCAUUCAUAGUGGCUCUCAUUGGGACUGAUGAUUUUUUUUUUUUAACAGACCAUUUUCUGGGGUGUACCAAAAAUAUCUGAGUAGGUUUCGAGUAGCUGGCCUCUCCCUAAACUUCAUUACCCUCUCAGCACGCUAGCAGGUCAGAGUGGGCUCAUUCUUACAGUCACAUCGUUUGUUUAGUGCUGUGAUUUUUUUUUUUUUUUUAACGUUUCUGUUCAGAGACCUUGCUUAAUCUUCCACAUAUUCUGCUCAGGGUACUGGCACUUAUAGGUUUCUGUUUUUCUUUUGUUUGUUUGUUUGUUUUUUCACCUUGGACGGUGAGAGGAAUAAGGGGCUGCCUCAGAGGUGCCGUGCGGUAAUACUCAUGACAGCUGCUGUGGGCUCAGAAAACACACACUGCUUUCUGGCUGACCUCGAGGACAGAACUGACUGUGCCCGCUAAACUGACACUAAAGCAGGGAAACACACACGGUUCAGAGCAAUAGGAAUAUCAUUCACUUCUGUGGUUCUAUUUCAGGUAUAGGAAUUAUAAAAAACCAUUGGUUCUUCUGAAGCUUUUGUCCCAUAUCAUCCACUCGCUCUCUUAGCAUGUGCAAUACUUUGUGUGCCAAUAGCGUGCUUUCUGGUUAAAGUUCAUCACCAUUUGGCUCUUCCCUCGUUCUGUGGGUCAACCUUCCUUCCCCUCACUGGCCAAAGACAGGCUCAAGGGAAGAAACCACUUUCCCCUUAAUGUGGAUAAGAAUACCGGGAUAGAGGGCCUGUGUGUCUGUCACCAGGACACAGCGACAGCCAGCCAAGGAGACCUGAGGGAAGUGCCUGGAAGGCCCAUCACUGUACUUGGCAAAGGCCCUUCUCUCUGUAGCGAACCUGGAAUGCAGCAAGGAGGCAGACUGGUUCCUAGGACACACUCCGGAGCAAUGUGGGCCGAAGUCCACCCACUUUUCAGUCUCUCCUGUGUCCUUGAGACUUUGACCUCUGCCUUUGAGCACAAGCAACUUAUGGCAUAUGUGUGUGUGUGCUGAGCACACCUACCAAUGGCUUUGCAGGGGACCACCCAGCAACCACAGUCACCAUUCCCUUGCGGCAGCGCUCUCUUCACAUAGGAAGAGCACGGAGGGGCAGGAACCACCUCUGGUUUGCAGACCUUGGUGGCCCCCCAGGCUCCCGGAGCAGUGUGUUCAUCUUUCUGCGUAGGGAGCAUGGUAAUGGCAGUGCCCUCAGCGUACAAGGAUCAGCCAUGGGCCUCCCUCUGUACCUUUGCAAUAUUUAUCAACAGCCGUCUUUCAUUCUGCUCUUUCCUGCUUUCCAUUUUUUAAAACAAAUAACAGCAGGCCUUUUGUGUUUACAAUGGAACAUGAUCACCAAGAAAUUAGUCAGGGCAAAAAGAAAACAUAGUAAUAUUACUAAUAAGAAAUCAACAAACAAGAACCUCUUUAUAGGAAUUUCUAAAUACAUAAAAUGACUGUUCCUUCGAAUGUUUAACUUUAGAAUUAUUUCAGUUUGUCUGGGCCACCUUGGGGUCAGCGGGAGGGGAUAGGGAUCGUGGGAAAGGCCAAGGAUGCCACUUACCUCAAAUCUUUUUAAAAGUGGGAAUCCCAAUUGCAUUCUUUUUUUCCCCCUUUGGACUUGCAGGAUAAUCGUCUGUGUUGGUCACAUUUUGCUUUUCUCAAUUCAUCCGACUCAUUUUGGAUGGCCUGGUUUUUGUGGUGGUGGCAACAGAAUGUCCUUAACUCUGAAUCUUGACCUUGUAUGUUUUCUGUUAGGGUGAGCUUGUUGGAUCCCUCUUUCCCUCCCCUCCCCCCCCCACCAGGAAGUGGCAGCAUCCUUUCUUUCUCCCCUGCAAGGAACUCUGCGGAACCUUUCACACUUCUUACUCAGGGAUGGGGCUGGUGUGUGUGUGUGGAACACGGACGUGUUCAGCGACAGCACUUUGGACUGCUCUGGAGUAGGGUUGUACAAUUUCAAGGAAUGUUUGGAUUUCCCCCGCAUCGUGUGGAUUGCUCCUUAGCUAGUGCGCAGAUUGCAAUAUAAGGCUGCACGCUCAAGAUGAGCGGCAGCCACUGGCGAUCAGAAAAUCCACUCUUUGCACACAGUUUGAUCUUUACUGAAAUGUUGCCAAAAUCUGUUUUUGUUGUAGCUUUGCAUUUUUUUCUUUUCUCUCUCUCUUUUUAAGGAAACAAUUGACAAUACCCUUUAACAUCUGUGACUACUAAGGAAACCUAUUUUGUAAAUGCUUUCGAAGACACUAACACCUAUUUCAGACAUGGUUGAGGAGGCAGAGCUCUUGGGAUAGAAAGCCAGACUUUUUGAGCUGAGUUGGUUGGCAUGGCAACUGUUUCCUGAACAAGCGAGCAGCUCAACAAACUAGUCUGCUCUCUCCUGAAACCCUCUGCAUUCUCCAGCUUCCUAGUUAGCCCCCUUUGACUCCAGGGGAACACAGGGCCUCUAGUCUCCAAUCCAGUGUCUUUGAUGGUUGAAAUGAAAGGCAAGAGAAUUAGACUUCGUUAUUUAAAAAAUGGAGUGAAGGCCUUUUGAAUUUCUGAACUAGAGAAUUUAAGGAAAAAAAUGGAGUAAUAAUUAUAGAGAAUCUACAUUUUUAUGAAGCACAUGCAUAUGACCGGUUGUGUUGGGUUGGUUUCCUCCCUUUUCCAUGGACAGUGUUGUAUUUUUGUUCCUAAGGCAACUCCAAACAGUUUGCACAUUCUCUACUCUGGAGCUGAGAUUUCUUUUACAUAGAUGACCUCGCUUCAAAUGUUACCUUACUGAUAGGCUUUUUUUUUUUUUUUUUUCUUGUAGCACUAUACCUUGUGGGAAGUUUUUUUGUUUUGUUUUCUUUAAAGUAAGUACACCCAAUUUGA